AUGUCUCAUAAUGCAAACUCAUCAGAUGGUCCUGAUUCAUCAAAUGUGAAUGAAUAUGAUGAGUGGGAAGCACGAGCUGUUCAACAAAAUCGAAAACUUGAUGUUAUCAUGAGUGAGUUACUCAUAAGCAUACCAAAUAUGAGCGUAAGAGAUCACCCAAGAGCAAAAAGGAGGUAUUGUGAUCGGGAACGUGAGCAGGGUGAGGCACGUUUGAUGAAAGACUACUUUGUUGACAACCCAACGUAUGGUGAAGAAAAAUUUCGAGGUAGAUUUCGAAUGCAAAAACCACUAUUUCUCCAUAUAAUGGAAGUUGUUACAGCCAAUGACCGAUAUUUUCAACAAAUACGUGAUGCCACAGGCAGACAAGGUCUUUCACCAUUACAAAAAUGUACCAGAGCUAUGCGGGUGUUGGCAUAUGGGACAUCAACAGAUGCACAUGAUGAAUAUUCGAGAAUGAGUGAGACUAUAACAAGGGAUGCUCUUGUAAAGUUUGUGGAAGGUGUUAUUUCAUGCUUUCAUGAAGAGUACCUUGGACACCCCGAUCAAGAUGAUUUGGCACGAUUGCUCCAUGUUGGAGAAGAACGUGGAUUUCCAGGCAUGAUGUCUACUCAUGUUGAUGCUUCUGCUCCAUCAUCUCCUACCCACCACUCGGGUUUCUCCCUGCUCCCCAUCGUCUCCAAAGUGACUUUUAAUGGCUCCAACUAUAAGGAUUGGAUGCCAACAUCAGAAUGGAUCUUCACUUUGAGGGAAAAGAACAUUUCCUUGAGGAAAAGCUCGUUGAAGUUGACGAUGUGA